AUGAGCGAUCCUCAGCUGCCCAACGGCUUCGCUCACGGUGUACGGAUCACAUUGGAUGUGCAUCGUUCUAUCAAGCCACCAAAGAAUAUCAAGAAUCCCCAGGAUAUGCCAGAGCAAGAGGAGCCUGAAGAGUUGGAUGUCAACCUUCCAACUAGCAAAGUUGACGCCGUGAUCAAGAUCAUCCUCGAGAUCUUCAAAAGCGACCAAGGGCUUCCAGCCUCCCAGCAGCGCAAGGUCCUUAUCUGCUCGGCUUGGGUUGUUCACCUCCCCAAGAUGGUGGCCCUCCUCGCCAAGGCUGGCAUUCCCACCGCUGUCAUGCACGGAUCCACGUCACCCAAGGAACGCACCCGUAUCUCUACAGCGUUCCAAGCCGACAACGACCACACCUCGCCGCAUGGCCCAUCGCGGGUCCUCAUCAUUUCGCCGUGCCUCCAAGCUGGCCUCAACUUCUUUCGAGCCAACAUCCACCUUAUCAACCUGGACCCAUCGUGGACCCAGGCCGCCCGCGACCAGAUCGUUGGUCGCGUGCAUCGUAUUGGACAGACCCGCCCAGUGCAGGUCUAUAACCUCAUCGUCCGCCACUCGGUCGACGAGUACCUUGCGAGUGUGGCCGCACGCAAGGGUCGUUUGAUGGAGGUGUUGGACAAACACGCCUGUCUGUCUCCACUCCUCGUGGACCACGAAGCUCCGACUUGUGACACAUCGGUUCAGAGGCCUCCGAAGCGCCCCAUCUCCGAGGACGGAGACGACGACGACGACAAGAAGGUCGAGGAGAGUCUCGAUCACAACAAGCGAAGCCGUCGGAGGGCCGAGUCCGCCCAGCCGCAUGACGGUCCUCAGUGA